AUGGGUGGUGUUUACUCGUGUCGGGGUCGUGGUAGCCAGGUGGAUGCUGGCUCGAUUCUCGACCGUGUGAUCAGUCAGGCAAACGACGAGGACCAAUGUCUGUUGUACCGUCUGGCCAAUUACAAGAAGGGCGGCGAGCUGAUCGAAUCGUACAAUUUGGGCGGUCAGUCGGAGGUGGAAAAAUUGAUCAGGGAACAGUUCGGUAUACUGAUGUACGGCGAGGGUAAAGGGCAGGUGAUCAAUCGGGCGGAGUAUCUGCGUUGGAAAUUCCGUGACCUCGAGCAGGUUGUGCUGCCUAUAGAGGCCUCGUUGUCGCAGUUCGAUCCUCUUGCCCAAUGGAACGAUCACGAGGCAUGCUGGCAGAUGCAGUACAGAGGCUCCCUAGGAGAGACCCUCUUGCACGUUCUGAUUAUAUGCGAUACCAGGAUACACACACGAGUGGCGCGUACAUUGCUCAAGUGCUUUCCACGACUGGCCAUUGACGUCGUAGAGGGAGAGGAGUAUCUCGGUGCUAGCGCUCUCCAUUUAGCGAUCGCUUAUAACAAUAAUGAACUGGUGCAGGAUCUGGUUGAAGCAGGCGCGAUCAUUUCUCAACGGGCGACAGGCAGCUUCUUUCUGCCCAGGGACCAGCAACGGACCAACCCGGCCAAGAAUUCGGAUUACGAGGGAUUAGCCUACCUAGGGGAGUAUCCUCUCGCCUGGGCGGCGUGCUGCGCGAACGAGAGCGUCUACAACUUGCUGCUCGACUGCGGAGCAGAUCCCGACGAGCAGGACACCUUUGGAAAUAUGAUACUGCAUAUGGUGGUUGUUUGCGAUAAAUUGGACAUGUUCGGGUAUGCUCUUCGUCAUCCGAAGCUUCCUGCUCGCAAUGGGAUCGUGAAUGCCGCCGGACUGACCCCAUUGACGCUCGCCUGCCAGCUGGGUCGCGCCGAGGUCUUUCGGGAGAUGUUGGAACUGUCUGCACGAGAAUUCUGGCGCUACAGUAAUAUCACCUGCUCGGCGUACCCCCUGAAUGCACUCGACACGCUGUUACCCGACGGCAGAACAAACUGGAACUCCGCGCUAUUUAUCAUUCUGAACGGUACGAAGGAGGAGCACUUGGACAUGCUGGACGGUGGUAUUAUUCAACGAUUACUCGAGGAAAAAUGGAAGACCUUCGCGCGGUUGCAGUUCAUGAAGCGUCUGAUCAUCCUGGUGUUCCAUCUGACGUCCCUGUCGUUGGCGGUGUACUUCAGGCCGUCGAACGCGGACGCGGCGCUCCUGAAAUGGCCGGAAGAGAUCACGGAGGCUGCGCGAACGGCAGCAGAGUGCAUCACGGUGAUAGGCGUUCUCGGGUAUAUUCUGGUGCAACUAGGCGGCGAGAUCAUCAACAUCGGUCUUCUGUCGUUCCUGAAACAGUUGAGUCACGAGCCCGCCAAGUUCAUAUUCGUGAUCAGCAACCUGCUCAUACUCGCGUGCAUACCGUGUCGUCUUGCUGGUAACAGGCAUGCGGAAGACGCGAUACUCGUCGUAGCUGUCCCCGGCUCGUGGUUUCUACUCAUGUUCUUCGCCGGCGCCAUUCGGCUGACCGGUCCAUUCAUCACCAUGGUCUACAGUAUGAUAACCGGGGAUAUGUUGACCUUCGGGAUAAUCUACAUGGUGGUGCUGUUCGGUUUCUGCCAGUCGUUCUACUUUUUGUACAAAGGCUUCCCAGGAGUGAAAUCAUCCCUCUACAGCUCCUAUCACUCGACCUGGAUGGCACUGUUUCAGAUAACCCUCGGCGAUUAUAACUACACGGAUCUAACCUACACAACCUAUCCGAACCUGUCGAAGAUGGUGUUCGCGAUCUUCAUGGUGUUGGUGCCUAUACUGCUGUUGAACAUGCUGAUCGCCAUGAUGGGCAACACUUACGCGCACGUGAUUGAACAGAGCGAGAAGGAGUGGGUCAAACAGUGGGCGAAGAUCGUGGUUUCGUUGGAGCGAGCAGUGUCGCAGAAAGACGCGCGGAAUUAUUUGCAAGAGUACAGUAUUAAACUGGGACCUGGAGAUGACCCGAACAACCCAGCCUCGGAGCAACGCGGUGUUCUGGUUAUUAAAAGUAAAUCGAAGACCAAAGCGAAGCAACGCAAAGGCGCCGUGGCUAAUUGGAAGCGCGUGGGGAAGGUGACGAUAAACGAAUUAAGGAAACGCGGCAUGACAGGGGAGGAAUUGCGACGAAUUAUGUGGGGUCGAGUAUCUUUCUCCACGCCGGUCAGAGUAAGUCCAACUGCAGCCGAGCCUCAAGUUUCAGCUGUAACCGCCGGUUUCGGGGACGCAUUGACCGCGGCGUUGGACGUGAUGGCGUUUGCCCACGAUCUCGACUUGUCUACAGCCACAGAAGGAAUUCCGACCAAUAUAGACGCGAAGCAAUCGAAAUCGAAGGCUACCGGCAGCGAUCAAACGAAAUCGACAUCCUAUAAUCAGGAGAAAGUGUCGACGAAUGUUCAACCACUGCAGAAACCCUCCGCAGAAAACGGGAAUAAACAGUCGAACGAUCGAACCGAGGUUAACACGAAAGCCAGUAAACCAGUGGAUGUGCAGAAGAUGAACCUGAAGAAUACAAGUCAUUUGCAGAGCACGGCCGAGGAUUUUCAGGAUCCGCUUUUGGAACUUUUGGCUGCCUCCGAAAAUACGAGCGAUCCUGAAACGCUGCUGAAAAUAGCGCGACGCGCUGCGGCGGAUGUCGAAGAGGCCACCAGCGCGAAAAUAAAUCUACAAAUUUUAGAACAAUUCACGAUGACCAAGAUCCCCGUAGAGGAGCAAGUCGCCGUUAAGAAGAAACAGUACUUCGUCGAGUCCAGCGACAACGAUUUUGGCGGCGACAACUUGCUCGGAACACAAGCCCGUCUGCGUAGAAUAAGAUCAGCGAACAACAGAGUUACCACGGCACGGAGACAGUCGCGGCACACCGACGACGACCUAUCAUCGACGUCUUCCGCAUCCGUCGACGGAAAUCCUCGAUACCAGCCGCUGCUGAACGGACCCGAGGAGAAUCCGUCGAACCGUCAAAUCGAAAGUCGAGAGGAUUCCACCGGGGCAAUUAAGUCGCAAGUAAAGCAGAACGGGACAUUCGAAUCGUCGAAGAGCGAGGUUCAAAAGCGUAAAAGACCGAAAACGGCCAAAAACAGGGUAUCGCCGAAGGAAAUAGUGGAGGCCGGGCCGUGGAGAAGGGAAUCGAUUGAGCGGAAUAAGGCGGUUUCGCCGGCGACGUCGCCCACGGAUCCACUCGAGCCAUGGAGCACACGCGGCAUUAAGGACAUGAACACGAUAUUGGCCUGGGAGGAGAACGCGCCGGACAGUCCUUAA